AUGAGAGAAAAGCAGAAUUCCAUGUCCAAAUUAAGCAAGGCCCAACAGCCCAAAAGCAUUGCAUCAUCUUCUUUAUUUGAUAGUUUUGAAACAACAUCCUUCACUUGCUGCUGGGUGCUUACUCGCUUAUCAUUGCACCAAGUAGGCUAAUAAGUUCUUUCCUUUAAUUCACAGUUGCUGGAAUAUAAUAAUGUCUUCAUUCUCUUAUUCCUCUACUUCUUUUGUCACACAGACACUAAUACCUUCUCCAACAAAAUUUCAGUUUUCCUUUAUUUCACUCCCAAUUAUCAUCGAUCACCAUCAUCAGCGUUGGACCCUUUCAAACUUGGGUAAUAACUUGCGCCCAUCUGGAGACUUUCCUGUCCACUGCAAUUAUCUCGACUCUCCUAAUCAGCAAAACGCAACUAGGUUCCUCUAUUCGUUCUUCCGGGAGUUUGGACUCAAUGAGAAAGAAACUGAAUUUAUUUUGGAGCAGAACCCAUCUCUAACAUUGACAGCUUUCGACUCCAUAAGAUCCCGAGUUUUUCUCUUAGAGUCUGUUGGACUUAAAGGAGCUGAACUUUAUCGUUUAAUUAUUAAGUGCCCAGAUGUAUUAACAGCUGAACAAAUCCAUCCAUUUCUACAUUUUGUUCUUAAUAAUUUACAAGGAAGGAUCGAGCCAGCGCAGAUCAAACGCCUUUUCUCUGCGUCAGAACCAAGAUUCUUAGUGGGUUUUGAUCAAAAGGUUACCAUGCUUCUUAGUCAUGGAGUUCCAGAAGAGAAGAUUGGUCACAUUCUCAACAAUAUUAACCUACUCAAGGCAAUGUGCCUCAAAUCAGUUAAAGAAAUUGAUAGAACUAUUAGUUUCUUGAGUCGCUUUGGUGGGAUUGAUAUAAUUGUUAGACGACCGAUGAUUCUGAAUUUUGACUUGGAUAGACAGUUGAUCCCAAGAGUAGAGUUUCUUAAAGAGAUUAGUGGAGGAGAUGAAGAAGCCACUGGGACCUUGUUGCGUAAACUUCCUGCUAUAUUGAGUUACAGUUUGGAGCAUAUUAAAGGUCAUGUAGAAUUGCUGAGGUCAUUUGGUGGGUUAACUGAUCCUCAAAUAUUCAAGAUUUUUCUUGUGUUCCCAAAUGUGAUUAGUGCUAGCAAGGAAAGGAAGUUGCGUCCUCGAAUAGAAUUUCUCAAGCAAUGUGGGUUGAAUUCUGAUGAGAUAUUCAAGUUCCUGACAAAAGCCCCCUUGUUUCUAGGGCUGUCCUUUGAAUACAACCUUGUGCAUAAAAUUGUAUUUUUAGUGAAGAUUGGAUAUGGAUACAGAAAUAAAGAAUUGACUGUUGCACUUGGGGCUGUCACAAGAACAAGCUGUGACAAUCUGCAAAAGGUGAUUGAGCUAUUCUUCAGUUAUGGAUUUUCUUCUCCGGACAUUCUUUCUAUGAGCAAGAAGCAUCCUCAGAUUCUUCAGUACAGCUAUAGUUCCCUGCAGGAGAAGAUGGAGUACUUGAUCGAGGGAAUGGGUAGAGAAGUUGGGGAGCUAUUAGCUUUUCCUGCAUUUCUUGGUUAUAAACUUGAUGACAGGAUUAAGCAUAGGUAUGAAGUAAAAAGGAAGGUUAUAGGGGAAGGCAUGUCCCUUAAUAAGCUCUUAAGUGUCUCUGCUGAUAGAUUUUCAGUUGAGAAGAAGAAAAAGUCCUAUUCUCGAUUGACAGACUGAAUGAGUUGUAAAUUUAACCUGGCACCAAAUGCUCCAUUUUUAACAGGCCUAGUUGCUCCAUUCUAUCGUUGAAGGAUUGCUCUACCUUUCCUCCUCAACCAUCUGUGAGAUGCAGAAAUUGUGCAAAUUAAUGAUCACCAUUCAGUUUUUGGCUUCUAGAUUUUAGGUUUGCAGCUGGUUAUGGAACAAAGCAAGUAACUUCUAUGCUUGAAAAAUUUGCAGUGUAUAUUUCUAGAUCAAAACUAUUUUGGCAUA